CAUUAGCGUAGUUAAUAAGUGUAUUCCACAAUGGGUGUGUUAGUAUUGGCCCUUGUUUUUUGUAUCGUGUUUCUAACUUGGUGCUGGAGACCUCGUAGUCGGUCACCUCCAAAAUAUCCUGGUGCAUUGCCAGUGAUCGGGCAUGUGCCUAAAAUAUUAAAAAAUCUUAACGAUUUAUGGACGUAUUUUAGAAAGAUAUGUGAUUACAUGGUGGAACACGAUGGAUUGAUUAGUUUACAAGUGGGCCCUCAUUCUAUUUACGUUGUAAGUGAUCCAGAUGACGCGAGUGUGAUAGCAAAUACAUGUUUAGAAAAAUCAUACCAUUACAAAUUCUCGAAUAAUUUUGUAAAAAAUGGAUUGGUGACUUCAGAUUCUGCUACAUGGAAGGUACACCGCAAAAUAUUAAAUCCAGCGUUCAGUCCGUUAGUACUGAACACCUAUGUAGAUGAAAUGAACGUGCAAGCUCAACAUCUUGUUUCAAAAUUGACUCUUUAUGCUGAGAAAGGGCCAAUAGAUGUCAAAGGAUUCAUCACUGAAUUCGUAUUGAGAUUAAUAUGUCGAACAUCAUUAGGACUUAAACCUGAAGACCAAGAAAUGAUUGACACCGAUUACGCCAAAGCGAUUGACGAAAUUUCUAGAGUUUAUAAUGAGAGGGGUUUUAACGUGUGGCUUUAUCCAUCGUUUAUGUACGACUUGUCUGCAUUGAAACGUAAAGAACAGGAACUGAUUACAAGAAUUGAGAAUAUUAUAAAUCCCGUGAUUCAAAAACGUAGAUCUGAUUUAAAAGGGAAGUACAUCACAAAUGACGAUGCAUCGACGGAUAGCGUAAAAGGAAAAUUCAAACCUCUUCUAGACUUAUUGUUGCAUUUAGCUGAUGAAGAACAAAUCUUUAGUGACACUGAGAUUAGAGAGCAUCUGGAUACAUUUGUAUUAGCUGCUAAUGACACAACUUCAGCGGUACUACGGAAUACUUUGUUAAUGCUGGGAACUUAUCCAGAUGUACAGGAACGAUUGUAUAAAGAAGUUAAGGAAGUAUUUCACAAUGAAGAUUUAGGAAAGCAUGACUUGACAAAACUCGUUUACUCAGAGGCCGUGAUAAAGGAAGUAUUGAGGUUGCAUCCUCCGGUUCCCUUUGUUGCGAGGGACCUUCAAUCUGAUGUUGUACUUCCAAAAUAUACGUUACGAGCUGGAAAUACAUGUGCCUUGUCACUGUACGAUCUUAACCGUCACUCCUCGUGGGGACCAGAUGCAAAAGAAUUCAAUCCAGACCGAUGGCUGAAUCCCGAUACAUUACCUCAGAACCCCUAUGCAUUCGCAGGAUUUAGUAUCGGCAAACGAAACUGUAUUGGUAAGAAGUAUGCCAUGAUGACCUUGAAAACAUCGCUUGCACAUAUCGUGCGCAAGUUCCACAUUUCUGGUGAUAUCACUGAUCUGAAGUGGAAAAUUGAAGUCGUAUUGAAACCCAUAACACCAGCUCUUGUUACUUUGACAUUAAGGUCUUAAUUUAAGAUUAAAUAUAGUUAUUAAGCG